UAUAAAAAUAUCAAAUUACUUAUUCUAAUACUUGAACUAAUUAUUUUAUUCUUCAUAAUAGAGAAUGUUACAAAGGACAAUAGAUGAAGAAUACUAAAGUUACUCACAGUUACUCACUAUACAUGAUGAGUAACUAUAGCGAGUAACUCUGAAUGGUCUCACGAGUCUAAUGGUGGCCAUUGACAACUGAUACGCAUACAUUCAUGACUAUACGUGAUAAUGAAUUGUGAUAUCGCGGCAAAUAAACAUGGCGCCGAUUUGAUACUGGAGUCCUUUACUUCGGGCAAGCCGCGAGCCUUGUCGCAAUUUCCACAAACUCCGUUCUAUCGUCUGUCACGUCUGAUCGACGGGAAUUGGGACAAUUCACGAUACAACGGCUGUAUCGUCCAUAUUUCCAGAGAGAACGUUUGAUAAUCUGGCACGUCAUACAUGUCAAAAUGGCACGGGAAUAUGAUCAUUUAUUUAAGCUCCUAAUAAUAGGUGAUAGCGGUGUAGGUAAAAGUUCACUGCUCUUGCGAUUCGCCGACAAUACAUUCAAUGGCAGUUACAUAACGACAAUAGGAGUGGAUUUUAAAAUAAAAACAGUGGAACUAGACGGUGAGAGGGUAAAACUCCAAAUUUGGGAUACAGCCGGGCAAGAACGUUUUCGGACAAUAACUUCAACUUACUACAGGGGCACACACGGUGUUAUAGUUGUAUAUGACGUGACUAGUGGCGAUUCGUUUGCUAAUGUUAAAAGAUGGUUGCAUGAAAUCGAACAGAAUUGCGAUGUGGUCAACAGGGUACUUGUAGGAAAUAAGAACGAUUCACCCAACGAGAAAGUUGUCUUGACGGAGGAUGCGCAGAGAUUUGCCAAUCAGAUGGGAAUCCAGUUAUUCGAGACUUCUGCUAAGGACAAUAUCAAUGUUCAAGAAAUGUUUCUGGCGAUAACACGGCAGGUGUUGAAGACCAAGAAGGAAAGGAAGGAACGCCAAGCUAUACAAACCAGCGAAACAGUGAAUCUGAGGAAAAACACGAAGCAGCAUAAAAAGAAAUGUUGUUAACGGCAUUGUAUAAAUGCAUGAUCUAUUAACAAUUCUCUCAAUGACAGAAGUGAAUUAAAACAAAGGAUACGCGAUAGAAGAAACGUGUACUCAUAAACGUAAUGCUAAUGAUUCUUUUAAAACUAUUAAGUUUUAUAUUUAAAUUACAACAUCGAAUUGUGUAUUCUCCUAGAAGUAUACUUUGACGCUAGUAACAUACGAUAUACAUAGGAUGCGAAUAUCAUGAGUGUGUAGUAUUAAUUUAGCGAAAAUAAUUUUGUAAGCAACAGAUUUUGUGUUACAUGCUCUAAAAAUGUAAAGGCCUAUUUGUAUUGUACGACUUACGAAAGAAUCAGCACAAAAAGGAGAAAAAGAGAAUUAAAUUAAUUGUUUUUUAUUCGAGCUCUGCAUAACGCGACAUAAUUUAUCGAAAGUAUGGCAUUUAAAUGUAACGUAAAGUAACAUACAUUAUGCAAAGCUUCGUCCAAAUUGAGCGGAAUAAAAAUAUGAUUUAUUUAAGA